UACAAAAGCUAUCGUACAACAAGUUAGUUGUCAUUCCUGCACGCCUUUGCGAACAGUGGGCGUCUUCGAGCUUCUGUCUUCUUGGCAAAAAGACAGUUCUUGAUCCACAUAAGCUUGCAUGCAGCCGCUUGUAAUGGGAAGUGAAGAUGGUAAUUGAACGUGUGCAACCAAGCAUCUUGCUAAUUUUCUGCUGCCUAGCAUGCUGCCAUGCCAUAGACCAGUUGAGUGGAUGCGACAAAGCUGUCUCGAGUGAUGACCUGACAAAUAGAGUGACGAAGAAAGCUGGCUUGCAGUUCGUGGAAGAUUUGAUCACACGAUCAAAAGCUCUGAAGUCGGGUGACGGUCCCCCAUCAUGUGCCUCGUUCACUUUCCCCAGCUUCAACAUCAACGUCAAAGAAUUUGAGCAUCAUGCCAGGUUGGUGGCGAGAAAUGGCCAGAUCCUGUCUGAUUUGCUUAGCAGUAUCCCGUCGAGCACUGUUGGAAAUUUCAAGCCAGUCACUGGGAGGAACGCUCUAGCCGAUUUGCUGAAUAGUACGUGUGCGACAGAAGCAAACCCCUACGACGGGGGAAAUCCAGUACUCGGUAGCCUUACUUUAUCCACUCUGGUGUCCAGCAAGGAGUUGUUUGCGGCUGGAUCGUGUAUGGGUCAUCAGACAGGUGGAUCUGCUAUCUGCCAAUAUCGCUACAGGCCCGUUACCGCGAAGAAUGUGGAGGUCACAUCCCUCGACUUUGGCCGAUUUCCUGUGGUGACAGAGAAGUGGUUCACGCUUCCCCAAGCGAAACUUGAGGCAGUGAACCGUACGUGGGUUGAAACAGGAUCACUACAUGGCUCACCAAUUCCUGCUUCUGUGGAAAGAACCACUUUGGGCUCUCGUUCCACCAGUCGAGUGGCUGUUGGCUACUCCGAGGGGUUGUGGACGAAUCCAUACUUUGACUGCUUCCUUGGUUUCAUUUGGAUGAUCACGUAUUCAACGCCUAUAUUUCAUGUAACAGAUAACAACCAACUGCAGUAUGCUGGCAUGACAGCAGUUGAUAUCAACCUUUCGGAUAUCGACGUUGAUGAAUGCUCACCCAACGCUGAUGACCCACACUCAGCCUUCGAUGCAUUCCGUAACACUCACCUUUGCGAGCCCGAGUCUACAGAGUGCAAGCACAUCCCUAAUCGCGGCUUUGCAUUCGGCACCUACAAGUGCCAAUGUCGCAAAGGAUUCUACCGUCGGGACGCUAAUGGUAGCGACUUGAAAACGUCUGAGCAGUACUACAGUGGCACGGAUAUUGAGACGGCAACGCACUCUAUUCGCAACACAACCAACUGCAGCUGCACAGCUCCAGAGAAGUGUGAAACAGAGACCACUGCAAUUCGUGCUGUGCUGGAAUCAGAGUACUCGUGCAAGCGCUGCCCAGAAGGCUGCGAUGAAUGUGUUAAUGGCCGUGAGGUUUGUACAAUACAGGCCCAGGCCGGCAUGAUUGGUGGCCUGUCAGCUAUCAACAUCAUUGCCAUGAUCAUGUGCAUUGUGCUGAUUGCCGUUGUCGUCGUGUUCCGCGGAACACACACCAUCCGCUCAGCUAGCUGGCCGUUCCUGAUCACCACCUUACUCGGAGCUGUACUGGCCUUGAUCGGAAUCAUGCCCGAUGCAUUCGCUGGUGCCUUGGCAGACCUGAAUGUGUCCGCUUCAAGCUGUGUCGUCUCAGUAUGGCUGUACUAUCUCGGUUUUUCACUGACCUAUGGCAGUAUCCUGGUGAAGACCUGGCGCUUGCAUCAGAUCUUCUCAACACGCCGCUUCCGUGGCAAGGGACGCAGCCGCCUUAGCAACACCGACCUCGCCUACAUGCUGUCGGCCAUCGUGUUCGCCUGCAUCAUUCUGCUUCUAUUCUGGACGAUCGGCAUUCCGCCGAAGCCGCAGCAGUUUGAGAAUGCGUCGAACCUCAAGUACCACCUGUGCGCCAGGUCAUUCUUUGAUGACAUCAUGGAAGCUAUCACUCUGUUGUUCCUCUGUCCUGUGGUCUACCUCAGCUUCCAGCUACGCAACGUGAGUGACGCCUUCUCCGAGGCCAAGGAGAUCCAGCUGUCUGUGUAUAUCUACCUGGUUGUCAAGAUCAUCUCCCUCAUAGCAAAGCACGUCUUCACGCUGACGCCGGACCUCUCGUAUCUGGUGCGCUUCCUCGAAGUUCAUUUCUCAUUUACCUUGCUCGCUGUCAUUUUCUUUGCGCGCAAGCUGCCGAAGCUGACAGCCAGCACAGUUGAACCCACCGCAUCUGCCUUUGUCAUCAACAAGAAGAAGAACUCCCUGGUCGCGCAAGAUACGAAAACAGUGAUACAUCUGGAUGAUGCACAUCGGCGCAUGAGUGACGGCUCGAUAGAUGGCAUCUCGGCGAGCGACAUCGCCCAGGCCCAGGCGAAGGGGCCGCAGAGCAAAGGUCCUGGCGCCGAUCCCGAGAAUGUAUCCUAUCUGCCGCCAGUCUCCGAGGUUGCCGGUAGCAACGGCAGCGGGAGCGGUACUGGCGACAGUGGCAUUGAAGUUGCCGUGGUGACCACUUUUGCGCAGACAAAUCAGGCAGUAGAGUAGUGAAUGCGAUAUCGAUUAUUCACUGCAAAACGCCAGACAACACUAUGACUUAUAAUUAGCAGAACGUUUUAAUUUACAGCACUCCAAUCAAGGACAGCAUGGUAAUAGUAUCUCAUGCAGGCUCCUUGAUUCACCAUCGUUUCUCUAGAAUAUCAUUUGGAAACAGUUGGAUCCGGACUGUGCAUGCGUGCGUGCUUCCUGCAGUGCUUGCGAGUGUGUGGGUAUGGGUGUGCGUGUUUGUGUGUGUGUGUGUGUGUGUGUGUGUGAGCGUGCGUGUUUGUCCAGCUGUUUGUUCUUUACAUGCGCCCCGGCUAUUCUAAACAUGAUGUAUUGUUUAAUACACAGGGCGGAGAUCCCGCUGCUAGACCACAUUCCUCGAUCUGGGAAUACCGAAAAUGAAUAAGGAAAUAUGUUUACGUA